AAAAAGAGGUUACAGAAUGUGAGGUACUCAUUUGUUAGCGGUGGAAUUAAGCGCUGUCACGCGGUCCAGACUUUUUCGGACAAUUCUUGACAAUGUGAUGCCAAUCUGCAGAUUUUUCAACAAGAUGACUUAAUUCCUGUGGCCAGACAUCAGAAUAUUUUACUUACGAUUCAUCUAAUCCAAGUUAUAGUGUUACAGACAAAUAUUAUUUAUCACACCACAGUGUUUCAUAUAUCGUUGUGUUCAGAGUUCCGAGGAAAGUGUUUUGAUGUAUUGUUUUAUAGUAUCAUCUUUGCAGGGGGUAAAUACCUAGAGGAAAAGUGAUUAAUAAAGUAUUGAACACAAAAAAAUACAAAGAAAGUAUACUAGGAAUUAGCUCUGGAAAUAGGUUCAUAUUUGGUAUGUUUUUACAGGAAAAAAUACUGAUAAAAGAAGAAAAUAUGAAAUCUUUGUGAUUAAUUUGUGUAGGAAAUAUUAAUAAAUAUUUCAGUGAUUCAGGUGAUAGUAAAAGUGAAAAAAAAAAAUUUCUCGUUUUUUUUUAAUUUAGUGUAAGGACAACCAAAAUAUAGACAAAAUGUCGGAGCAUAGUGAUUUAGUGGCGGAAAUCUCCAAUGUGGAGAAAAUGACCACACCAGAACGAUUAAAACAUGCAAAGAAACGAAGGUCGCAACAGUUGAAACGAUUUGCUAAUUAUGAAAAACAACUUGAAAAAGACAAGAAUAAAAAGAAUAAGCAGUCUCAAAAUCAAAAACGCACACGGAAGCGCGCUAGAGUAAAGUUUAUUCACAACAUUAUGUUACUGGAAGCAUCAGCAAGAAAUGAUGUUGAAGAAGUACGGAAGUUGUUAAUGGCAGGUGUGAGUCCUGAUGUGACCAAUGAAGAUGGUCUCACAGCUCUACAUCAGUGUUGUAUAGAUGACAGUGAGGAUAUGCUGAAACUAUUGCUCGAGUUUGGUGCUAAUGUGAAUGCACGUGAUAGUGAGAUGUGGACACCACUACAUGCUGCAGCCACUUGCGGACACGUGCAUCUAUGCAAACUACUUAUAGACAAAGGUGCUGAAUUGCUGGCUGUGAAUGCAGACGGUAACAUGCCGUAUGAUAUAUGUGAAGAUGAAGUGUGCCUAGAUUUUAUCGAAACAGAAAUGGCAAAAAGAGGUGUAACUCAGGAAGAAAUAGAUGACAAACGUUUGGAAACAGAGAGACUAAUGUUGGCUGACCUGAAAAAACUAGCUGCAGACAAGGGUAACCUGGAAUAUAGAGAUAAAAACUGGGCAACUCCGCUCCAUGUGGCUGCAGCUAAUGGUUACCUAGAUGUUGUAGAGUUUCUGAUCAAUCAGAGGGUAUCUAUGGAGGUGAGGGAUGAAGAUGGUUGGUUACCAAUACAUGCUGCUGCUUGCUGGUUACAGCCAGAAGUUAUAGAAAUCUUAGUAAAGAGUGGAGCUGAUAUUGACGCUAAAACUAGGACAGGGGAAACACCAUUCGAUUUAGCUGAAGAUCCUGAUGUAAAACAGAAGAUAUUAGACCUCAAAGAUGAGCUAGAGACACACAAAGCAAGUCGGUCAAAGGACCAUGUACGCAACCGCAGGGUGAAUACACGAGGCCUUUAUUCCAGCACCGGUUCUUUAUAUAGCUCUAAUGGCUCUCUUAAUGAGAAGCCCUCGUCCCAUGGGCACAGGUCAACUAGUUCUUCAUUGAAACAGUCAUUAAAUACACCAAGUGCUUCGAUAAGACGGACGAGUAUGCGGGGAGAAAAAAGGCCGUUGUUUAAGAAGGAAGCGAAGGAAGAGGCUCUUCAUCCAUUUGGUCAGAGUUUAGGUGAUGAUGACGAGAUCGGAGAUUAUAUGGAUGACAACAAGGAGAAUUUACCGGCUACAAAUAUCGAUGAUGUUAAAAUCAGCAUAAUUGAAGACGAACCUGACAAGCAUCGACACGAAGCUAAAGAGAGACAUGAGCAUACAGAGCGACACAAAAACGAUAAACAUGACAAUGUUAAAACAUCAAAAACUGUGCCUCCUAAUUCCAGAGAACCAGUAAGAAACUCUCAAAAAGUAAAAGAGAAUAUUUCAAAUGAACAAAUUGCUCAGACAGCCGCCAGGGGAGAAUCCCAGCGGAAUAAAAGUGCUGAAAGUGAAACUAGGAAUUCUCGUGCCCCAGAGCCUAUUCAUGUUCAUAUGGGCAGGGCGGAGUCUGGUCCUAAAGGAGGCUCACAUUCCCCGCAAGAGUCAUCAAGAUCCAGAGAACCUCGACCACAGAGCAGUAAUAAUGAUGAAACUAGACCACAGGUAACCAGUAAUCAACCUGUGGCCCCUAAUCCUCAAGUUAAACAUAUUCAAGGCAGUUCUGGGAUAUCCAGAACGCCAUCAUUCCAGAAAAAGCGAGAAUCACAAAGACGUAGAAGUCAGGAUUUGUUAAACACUUCUAUAGAACAAACAGAAGAAUCUGAUCAAGCGCGGUACCCUACCGGUACUGGUACCGGAACUCUAGCUGAUCUGAAAAAACAACGGUCAGAACAACAUAAGUUUGGUAACGGUUUGGACGCGCAAGUACAGAGUUUGUUCUUGCACAGUUUAGCAGGUGAUGGAAAGAAAUACAGCAGUAGCAGUGCAACAACGCCGCCUCAGCAAGUUCAUAAAGAGAGCACGCAAAAUGGUAAAAACGUUAAGAACAAUAAUAACAAUACGACUGGCCAGUCAAGGCCGCCGACUUUUAUUUCAGAUAGUGGACCGUUACGGCGUUUCUCGGCACCGAGUUCAGCACCAGUUAUAGGCGAGGACGAUAAGUUUAAGAAUGAUUGUUGUGUGAUUUUAUGAUCAAUCACGGCAGGCGCAGAAAUUCCAAAAUUAUUGUUAGACAUUUCUUUUUAUAUAUUGUUACUUAUAUUUUUUACCCGCCAAAGUUAAUUUUUAUAUAAUUCACUUUUGGCAUUGUGAGGCAUGGAAGAGGAUCUUUAUUUGUGUGAUAUAAAAUUGACAUAUCUUGUGUAGUCAUGCACAGAAAUUGUAUAGAAGAGUUAUUAUAAUAUUGUAAAAUAUAUGUAUAUAAUUAUAUAUAUUAUAUAGAAAUAGGCAGGCCUUUUACAGAAUUUUUAUGGUGUACAUGUUAAACAUUUGCUUUUGUUUUUUGUAGAUUAAUAUAAACAGUAGCCUAGUAGCUGACAAAAAAAAAUAUUUUGUUUUGAUUUUUUUUUUUACACUUUCUAUUGAAAACAUGAUUUAUCAUAAACCAUUACAUGUAUUCUAUAAAGUUUUAUGGAUUUAAGAAAUAUUUUGUUGCAUUUUGUCAUAAUCAGACCACAAAAACUGUUUUUGCAGUACAAUGUACUUUAGUUGUUUUUCCUUUUUGUGCAGUGACCAAAAUAUUGCUACAAAUUUGAGGUUAAAGUGCAUGGUUAUAUGGUGUAGAAUUUGUAUUUUGUUUAAUCAGAUCAUUUUCAAUGAAAUGUAGUUUUUAUAUGAGUUUGCUCUGAUAAAAUGAUAGGAACAGGCAAGCUUCAUGACUUGUUACUAAAUAUAGGUCAAGGUCAGUAAAAAUAGAUUCUACCAAUGCUUUUUUUUUAUUUAUUUAACUUUUAGUAAUAUUGUAUAGUUUGAUGCAAAUAUCUUAACAAUUAUAUUAAUUUUAAACACUUUGCAACUAAUUAACAUGUAGUGACCAGUAUUGAAUAUGAAAAUUAGUUGUGUUGAAAGUGACCGGUAGAGAGGAAGGCAAUAUUUUAGCUGUGACAUGAUAUUUGGUUUUGCUUUUCAAAUUUCUACAAAUUUUGGUCGUUAUUAUCACUUAUAAAAUAGACUAAAUCUAUCCAUUCGUUUUUCAAACUUCACAUAUAAUGUCUCUUAUUAUAAUCAGUUUGAAAGAUUAAAAUUUCUCUGUUUAUAACUGUGUUAAUUUUGUUUAGUGUAUCUAUGUGCAAUUACUAAUGUUAGUUAUAUGGUAAGAUAAGAUCAUUACUAUUCCUAUUUUAUAAUUGAAAGUAAAUUGUCACAUGUAAUAAUUUAACUUUGCUCAGUCUCCCAUUAAGAAACAAUAAAAUAUAUAAUCAGUUUACAAACACUUUACUUUAGCUUUCGACAUUUUGUCUUCUAAAAUAAUUGAUGUUUAUAAAAAAAAAAUAAAAAAAAUUGUAAUGAAACAUUUAUCAAAUAACUGACAUUUAUAAAAUGAUAUUUUUUUCAAUGAAAGAUUAAUACUUAAAUAGGUACAACAGGAAAGUUUAAUGAUAAACAUUUGCCAUUCUAAAUUUAAUAUGACUUGCAAAGCUUUAAGUUUGAAUUUAAUAAAUUUUAGCCAUUUUGAUGUUACAAUUCUUACAUUACACAUCUAACAGCAUAGUGUGGCAAGACUGCGCGGAUGUGCCAGCUCACCUGGAUGUGUACUAGUGACUCAGGCCAGUUAUUUACCGUACUCUCUCUUAGCACUGUAAUAGUACAUUAGAGUGUUAGAAUGGUAAUUUGCCAGUAUAUAUUUCUUUUAUUUAUAAACAGUUCUAAACUAGCAGGAUGAUGUUACAGUCAGUGAUUAUUUUAAAAUUUAAUAUUUCAGAAAAGCUUUUUCAUGUUAACUACAUGAACUGCAUUUUAUACAGUAAACUUAAAAUUAGUUUAUUGAAUGUGUAUGCGCAGUUCUAAUUUGUUGAAUUUUAACAAUGUUUAAUUAAAGACAGUAUUUUGUAUCAUAAAGAUAAAAUCUACUGCUUUUUUUAACAAUAGAGUAAAUUUAGAAUAUAAAAUAUGUAAGAGUACAAGAUCAUAUAAUUCAAUUCCAUUUUUAUCAGAAGAAAAGAAUUUCUUCAUGUAGCCCAAUAAUUAUAUCUUUACAUUAAAUAUGAAAGAUUACUUCACAACACUCCAUAAUUUUCUUGCAAUUGAUUCUGCAGCUUGCAGAUUUAAUGCAGAAUCAGAUAUUUAACUCUGUAUAGCCAGAAAGCCCCCAUCUGUUUUUAAAAAUGACACGCAUUCUGGGAUGUAACAUAUGACAUUUACUGGAAAUAUUAAUUUUGUAUAAGAGUGCCUAGACACUUGACAGAAUAAACUUUAACAAGGGAGUGAGAUAGGUACAUUUGUAUAGAAAAAUGGAAAGAUGUUUGCGAAUAUAUGUGUGUUAUAUUGAAAUAAUGAUGAUUAUUAAUUCUCCUGUCUGUUAAAUUAAUAUUUUGAGAACAAUAGUUUUGUUAUCUGACAGUAUUAGUGGUUUAAUUAUUCCUGCAGUAACUCUGAAGUUGAACUUAAUAUUUUUUAAUUAAUCACGAACUUGGCUUUCAAGCAGAAGAUAAUAUAUUAUUGAAAUAUUACAUAACUGCUUUACUAAUGUCAAAAAAUAUACGCCAGACCAAAUUAUGUAAUCAUACUUUCAUUUUACAUUUGGCUCUGUUUAUAGACAGAUUCUUUAAAACAGGUGGUCACUUGGUCAUUUCAAACAGGCUGUAGCUUGUAUAUUGUCAAUUUUUAGGUUAUCACUUUAAAUAGAUGGUCACUUUAAUACAAAUAGAUGGUCACUUUAAAACAGGUAUUCUUAGUGACAGAUGUUCUGUUUGAAACAGGUGACCUUUUCAGAAGGAUGUGCAAAUUAAACUGAUUACAAUUUUAGAAAAAUUGCCAUUGGUUAUAAAGAGGUAGGCUCUUUUGAAAGAUGUUCUGUUUAAACCAGGUGAGCUCUUUAAUGACCAGACCCUUAAAAUAUUUAACAAAAGAAGUUCACUUGUCAUAUAGUCAUCAUUUUCAAACAGAUGCUUAUUUCACACACAACAUAAAUCAGCUGCUUUACAAAAAAAAUGUUUAUUUCUAGAAAUAUUUUCCUUUGUACAUAAUGUCUCCAAUUGCUUAAUUAAACUUUAGAUUUUUAUUUUAUCAAAGAGAUUUUUUAAUUUGUAACUUCUUAUAUUUUAUAAUGUAAGAGCUCUCAGUUAACAUUCCAUUUUUUCAUGAUAAUUCUUCUGUCAGGGAAAGUUUGUAUUUCUAUGUUUUUAUUGUUGAAAAAUAAGAUUUUUAGAUUGUGUGCUCUACAACUCUCCUUUUCAUCACUAUUUAUGUCUUGGAAAAAAUGUGUAUUUUCAUUGCUUAUUAUUCAAAGGAUGUGAAAUAUGGUCAGCAUGGUCUGGGGAAGGUUUUUUUUUUUAACUUCAUUUAAGUUUAUGAACUGUAGUAAACAGUAAAAUAGUAGAUUUAGCAUUUUUAAUUUAAUUCAUGAGCGUAGAACUUAUAAAGGCAAGCUUAUAAGGUUCUGUGUAACUAUUACAAGGCUAAAUGUCUAAAAUAGACUUUUCCAUGUUUCAAUUUGGACAGAACCAUUCAUUAUUUUAGGGAUAUUUCAAAAUAUAUAUAAUGACUGAAUAGCAAACAGUGCAGACUGUGAUCUUGGCAUGGAUAUAUUCAGUUUCUGCCAGCAGGCCAAAUGUUGAUAAAUUGUUGAUAUAUGAUAUUAUAAUGUUUCUUUUUAGUUUAGAAUACUUCUUAAAAAGGUUGUAUUUAAUUAUUAGCUAUGUCCUCACUGCCGGGUGUUGGGAUCCCAGACUGGGACAAACUCCAUUAUAUUUGAUGGAAGUUAUUUAGAGAGCUUAAUAUAUAGAGCAUACCGUAAGUGGCUUAACUGUGGGGGUCAAGCUAGCUUGCAGAUGACCGGUGUCUGUACUUUAGAGCUCAGCUUCUGCACAGAAAAAAUUUAAAAGAAAAAGCGCACCUGGCUUUCAUCAUUCAGUAGUAGUGCUGGAAAGUCCCUGUGAAUUAUUCCUUUUGUUAACUUAAAACAUAACAAGAUGAAAAUAAUAUAUAAGGGUGAGUGUUAAUGGUUUUUCCUUUACUUUAAUUUGUAAGAUUAUAAAUCUAUGUUUUAUUUUUAUUUAAUUAUUAGUUUGUCUGUUGUGUAUCUAGUGUAAUUGGCAUUAAUUAAAAUUCUCAAAUAAGAUAUGUUUUUAAAAUGCUAGCUUACUGUCUUAGAGUGUUAACUUAAAGGAAGCAAGAGAAAGGAGUAUAGAAGUUUAUUAUUUCAACAAGUUUAACAUAGCUCUGUUUAUAAGAAGUAAAUGUUUCUUCUACAUGUAAUUUAUGAAUACAUAGGAAUACUGUUUGAGUUUUUAAACUCCCAAUUUUUAUAUUGGGUGAAAAGGACAAUAAAAUAUUGUAGAACCUUUUUAUGUUGGUAUCCAUUACAAAGUUUUCAGUACAGAAUGUGUACAGCUGUUUAUAUUGAAAAUUUAUAUUUUUGUAUAUGAACAAAUUGACUUUUUGUUUGAGUUCAUGUUUAAUUAUAUUGUAUUCCAAUUGUGUAAAUGUUUCCACAACUUAUUCAGAGAUUGACAGAGAACAAUUGUGUAACAGAAAAAAAAGUUCAGUACAGUCAAACUUGUGAACAAAGGUCAUAUACUAGGGAGAUACCGAACAUGGCCUUUAUAGACAAGUGGGCUUUAUUUUGAGGUCAUUUUGUUCUUUUUCAUCAAUGAAGGAUUGACAAAAAGUGGCCUUUAUUUACAGGGUGACUUUUGUUCAGAUGUGGUUUUUAAACAAGGUUUGACUGUAUUAUCAAGUCAAAUGUAUCCAUGGCUUCAAGAUUAUAAAUUUUUUAUUGGACCCUGUCUCGAAACUCAGGAUUAUCAGGGGUCCAAUGUACAUUCUAUGCCAGUUUCUAACAGAUCUGAGUUAGAGCUUAGAAAAUACAGAUAUAAUUUUACACAUUUUAAGCAGAAGUAAAAAUGAGAUGAAAUUUUAUGAAUUUAUAAUGAAAAUUAAAAGAUUAAAAUCCUAAACAGUUUUUUUUAGAGUCCCAUAUUUUUGCACACACACAAAAUAGUAUGAACUCCUUGCAAGUAGGUGUACCUGUUUAUUCAGGGUUGUACUGUAAAAUAAAUUACCUCCCUUGUUUUCAUUAAUGUAAAAGGAGGUAACUAUUGGAUGUUAUAUUUCACUGAUGAGUCUGCUUAUACAAUAGGCUGCUGACUUUGGUAAUCAAAGUGCAAUGUGUAAUAAAUUACAUGUACAAAUAUUUCACACUGAUUUAUCAGACAUAUUAGCAAAAUAAAAACAUAUUAAACAUCUGAAA